CCGGGAGGAAGGACGCGCUUGAUUGACAGACAGGCGGUGGCGACGGCAGGUGAAUUUCAGGGCUGCUUCUGGGGCGUCGUAGUCGGGCCCCGAUCCCGGCUCUGCUCGCGCUCACGGGGGACUGGAGCCUGUCCUGGGGCGGCAGAACGGCCGGGCCAGGCUUCCCACCUGAGACUGCACCCCCUACACACCACUGCCUGUGACCCCUGGAGAAUGCAGGUACUUGCUGGUCCUCGGAGGUGCCACUGUCCUCAGAGGUGAGCCCAGCCAGCAUGGGGAACGCCAGAGACUUCUGCCCACACCUUGACUCCAUCGGGGAGGUGACCAAAGAGGAUUUACUGCUCAAAUCGAAGGGAACCUGUCAUUCAUGUGGUGAAGCGGGACCAAACUUGUGGGCCUGCCUACAGGUCUCCUGCCCCUAUGUUGGCUGCGGGGAGUCCCUUGCUGACCACAGCACCAUCCACGCACAGGUGAAGAAACACAACCUGACGGUGAACCUAACCACAUUCCGGGUGUGGUGCUAUGCGUGCGAGAGGGAGGUGUUCCUGGAUCAGCGGACACCCUCUGCGGGCCCCAAGUGCCCAGAGCAGGACUCUCCGCCGCUCUCCCGCCCCCUGCGAGCCGUCCCGAUUGCUGUGGCCGAUGAAGGCGAGUCGGAGUCAGAGGAAGAUGACCUGAAACCCCGAGGCCUCACAGGCAUGAAGAACCUGGGUAACACAUGCUACAUGAACGCCGCCCUGCAGGCCCUGUCCAACUGCCCCCCACUAACUCAGUUCUUCCUGGAGUGUGGUGGCCUGGUGCGUACGGACAAGAAGCCAGCCCUGUGCAGAAGCUAUCAGAAGCUCAUCUCCGAGGUCUGGCACCGGAAGCGCCCAAGCUACGUGAUUCCCACCAGCCUGUCCCACGGCAUCAAGUUGGUGAAUCCCAUGUUUCGAGGCUAUGCUCAGCAGGACACCCAGGAAUUUCUGCGCUGCCUCAUGGACCAGCUGCACGAGGAGCUCAAGGAGCCAGAGGUGACGGCCUCGUUGGCUGGGACGCCUGCCCUUCCUGAGGCAGCGGCGGUGGCCGCGGCCCGGGGGGAUUCAGACUCAAGCGACUCCGAUGAGAAGCGGGAGGCCGAGACUGAGGCCGAGGAUGCGGAGGAGGAGUUUCUGUCUUGCGACUCGGGCAGCGACCGGGGUGAGGCGGCCGACGAUGCGGGCCGGGCCCUCUCGGACAAGGAGCGGCGCAAGGCACGCAGAAUGUCCUGGGAAGCGCCGGACGAGGACGCUGACGUGGACACCGUGGCCGCACUGGAUGCCCAGCGCCCAGCCCAGCGCCCUGCCAGCCCCUGCCGGACACCCGAGCCAGACAAUGAGGCGCACCUACGGAGCACCUCCCGCCCCUGCAGCCCUGCACCCCACCAUGAGACCCUCACCAGACUGGCCAGCAGCCCCCCACGGGGUAGUCCCAUGAGGCUGGGGCCGGCUUAUGUGCUGAAGAAAGCUCAGGUGCCCGGUGCUGGCAGCCGGCGUCGGAAGGAGCAGCACUACCGCAGCGUCAUCUCCGACAUCUUCAACGGCUCCAUCCUCAGCCUGGUGCAGUGUCUCACCUGCGACCGGGUGUCCACCACGGUGGAGACUUUCCAGGACCUCUCCCUGCCCAUUCCCAGCAAGGAGGAUCUGGCCAAGCUGCACUCCCCCAUCUACCAGAACUCACCAGCCAAGCCGGGUGCCUGCAGGGACAGCUACACACCCCAGGGCUGGCUGGCCUUCCUCAUGGAAUAUAUCCGCAGGUUUGUAGUCUCCUGUACCCCCAGCUGGUUUUGGGGGCCAGUGGUCACCCUGGAAGAUUGCCUCACUGCCUUCUUUGCUGCGGAUGAGCUGAAGGGUGACAACAUGUAUAGCUGUGAGCGCUGUAAGAAGCUACGGAAUGGGGUGAAGUACUGCAAGGUGCUUCAGCUCCCUGAGAUCCUGUGCAUCCACCUGAAGCGCUUCCGGCAUGAGCUGACGUACUCCUUCAAGGUCAGCAGCCAUGUGGCCUUCCCCCUCGAGGGCCUGGACCUGCGGCCCUUCCUGGCCAAGGAGUGCACAUCCCAGAUCACCACCUACGACCUCCUCUCGGUCAUCUGCCACCACGGCACGGCGGGCAGCGGCCACUACCUCGCCUAUUGCCAGAAUGUCAUCAGCGGGCAGUGGUACGAGUUCGAUGACCAGUAUGUGACAGAGGUGCAUGAGACCGUGGUGCAGGGUGCUGAGGCCUACGUCCUGUUCCGCAGGAAGAGCAGCGAGGAGGCGGCGCGUGAGCGGCAGCAGGUGGUGGCACUGGCGGCACUUCAGGAGCCGAGCCUCCUCCGCUUCUACGUGUCCAGAGAAUGGCUCAACAAGUUCAACACGUUCGCCGAGCCAGGGCCCAUCACCAACCACACCUUCCUGUGUCCCCAUGGAGGCAUCCCGCCGCACAAGUACCACUACAUCGAUGACCUGGUGGUGAUCCUGCCGCAGAACGUGUGGGAGCACCUCUACAACAGGUUUGGGGGUGGCCCCGCGGUGAACCAUCUGUACGUGUGCUCCAGCUGCCAGGUGGAGAUCGAGGCACUGGCCAAGCGCAGGCGAAUUGAGAUCGACACCUUCAUUAAGCUGAACAAGGCGUUCCAGGCCGAGGAGUCUCCUGGCGUCAUCUACUGCAUCAGUAUGCAAUGGUUCCGUGAGUGGGAGGCCUUCGUAAAGGGCAGGGACAGUGAGCCUCCUGGGCCCAUUGACAACAGCAGGAUUGCACAGGUCAAAGGCAGCGGACACAUCCAGCUGAAGCAGGGAGCUGACUAUGGGCAGAUCUCUGAGGAGACUUGGGCCUACCUGAGCAACCUGUAUGGUGGAGGCCCCGAGAUCGCCAUCCGCCACAGCGUGGCCCAGCUCCCAGACCCGGAGAGCCUGCACGGGGAGCAGAAAAUUGAGGCAGAGACCCGGGCCCUAUGACGGGGGGCUGCAUUUCAGAGACCUGAAAAGGGCCCCUCACCCUCUCUACAGGGUCCCACGCGUGGGCUGAGUAGCUGGCCUGAGUCCCCUCCCAUGAGGCUGCUGGGGCGGGGACAGCAGCUCUGAAGGGCACCCCGCAGUGACAAGUGGUGCCCGAAGCUACCUGGGGAAGUAGAGUUGUUGAGGUCUGCACGUGACCAGGGUCUUGUCCUGCCCGUACCCCACAUCACUCUUCCUGGUAUCCCUAAACUUUGAGCCCUCGACCAGGGCCACAGCUGCUGGGAUGCCAAGGAGAUAUGAGCAGGUGAGCGGCAAUGCCUAGGCCACCCCCCCCUAGGGAGCCCUCAUUUUCCAUGGAGCUCCACAUUCCCUCUGCCUGCUGGAGACCCCUAGGCUCCUGAGCAGUGCUCAGGCUCAUGGUCUCCGAUAGGUUCCUUGAUGGUGGGGUCUCCAGAGCAGUGGGUUCCCAUUCCUAGGGGAUGUUUCUGGAAACUUCUGGCUCUGCUGACCAGGGAAACAGUGAUAAGCCGGAAAUACCUCGAGUGUUUGUGAAGUGGCACCUCCCCAAGGGGGGGGGGGCUCAGAGAUCCCAGACUAAGUGCUGGGGCCAGAAGGUCACCUCAUCCUCUCUCGGCCCUGCUAGCAAUGGGGAGACCAUUACUGGCUGUAACCCGAACCCAUCCCCCACACCUCACUCGUGGAG